UUCUUUUUUUCAUUUUCCGACAUUAUGAUUAUUUAAGACCUAAGUCUCUUUUAUAAGUGAGGGAAACAAUGAUCGAUCUCUAUGGGACAAGUACCAACAACCACUUUAUUUCCGUGAUCAUAAUUAAACUUGACUGUGGCUUUUCCUUCCAUCCACUUCCCUCAUUGGUUCUCUUGGUCCAUUAUAGUUUGCAGUGUUCCUCCAAGGUUUUGAUCUCAAUCCAUUACAAACUAGACAACCUAAUAUCCGUUGCUUUCAGUGGAAUAAGAUGUAACUCAUCAGGGAACGGAAAUGCCUUCAUGAUGGGCUUUGGGCCCAAACACAGCCGACUUAAUAAAGAUCAACAAAGCAACAAGUAUCUCAAUGAUGAGAUUGAGGACCCUGCCACUCACAAAGAACAUACUAAGCAACAGUUGAAGAUGCAUGUUGCUCAUGCUCAAAACUAUGAAGUUGCAUGUAAUGCAAUUAUCAACCCCUGCUUCACUUCUUAUGCAUUUUGGCAUUGCUUCUUUCAGGCUGCGGCAGUAUCUUAUGCUAAACAAGUUGUAAAGCUGAUGGAUAGUUUGCUCAUGGCAGGGAAGGCCACAGUUGAAAUGAAUAAGGAGCUGAACACUCAGAAAAUGAGAGCACCCUUGUUGCACAAAACUGUUAUUAUUUUCACAGAUAUAUUACUUUGCCAGCACACAGACCUCAUUGAUGGCUUUUAUAUAUUAAAGCUCCUAAAAGAUGAUGGUCAUAAUCAAAUUAAUUAAUGCACCCUCUUUGUCAGGGACAAGGAUCUUAAACCAUCAAGUACUUGCUGCUGCUUCCUACACAAAAAUUUGCUUCAACGAGGUCCUGAGUUCUUGUACACUACUGAAGAGAGUUCCCCUUUGAUACUUCAAAAUUUUACCCGGUUUUAAUGAUAUGCUGUUAUAGCCUAAGUAUGAGAUCCUGAAAUCUUGUACUUCCGAAGAGAGUUCCCCUUGGAUACUUCAAAAUUUUACACUAUUUUAAUCAUUUCCUGUUAUAUCGUAUGAGAUCCUGAGUUAUUCUACUGCUGAAGAGAGUUUCCCUUGGCAACUUCAAAAUUUGACUCUAUUUUAAUCAUGGGUUUAAUGUUUAUGCAUUGACAAUGUAAAAUAGGUUUACACUAUCUUCAAUCACAAAUCACUGUUUAAAUUACUCUAAAAUAAAUCUUUUAAAAAUCAAUAAAUUUAUCAUAUAUGAUGGAUUGUGAUUGGAUUGGAUAAAUGUGUAAAACUUUUUACAUGAUCAAUACAUAGUUUUUUCUCUUUUUAAUCAUUUCCUGUUAUAGCGCAUGAGAUCUGAGUUAUUGUACUGCUAAAGAAAGUUCCCCUUGGCAACUUCAAAAUUUGACACUAUUUUAAUCAUAUAAUUUGCUGAUUACAGCUUAAGUCUCUUUUUUUCAUUCCAUCAAUGUAAUAGUACCGAUGAGUUAUAGCUUUGCAGAAAAAUGUAAUAAAUUGAAGUUUAUGUGCU